AUGAUCGGAAGUUCGCCACCGCCGAAAAAAUUCCAGGCAAAGCUGAAGGAGAUGAUGCUGCAACUGCGAUUCGCUCGCAAGCGAUUGCGAAAGGCAAGGUCGGAACUAAUUUCCAUGUGGCUGCUUAAGUACAACAGAUGUGUGUCGAAACUCAAGAAACGUCUGCUGGACAAAAGUCAGGUGGAACUCGAACGCCGAAAGACUCAGGCUAAACUUCAGCCGCUUCCCGACCGACCGAUACGACGGGUGGCAUCAAAGCUCAGCCGAAAACCGACGAAUGAAGUUGAACGUCUCAGGCGAAAAGGUGACCGAUGGACAGCAAACGACUUAUUCCGAUUCCAGUACAGCGAUCCAGAAGAUGGCACUUCAGAGGAGCGACGAGAGCUCUGUUAUGAAUGGCUGGACCGUCUCCACGCCCUUUCGAAGAAGUACUGCUAUCUGGCAUGGUACGAAGCAGCAAUCUACGCCUGUUAUUACCGACUAGGACCAAUUAUCACGGAUUCUGAAGAGAAACGACGGAUUUGGACGGACAUGAAGAGGGAGUACGCACAAAUAUUCCUCAUGGGGCGCAGAAUCUGGCGCCGUGCUAGCCAUCCAAGCCGACUGAUUGUAUUGUACAAUAUGGCGACGUUGUGUGUUCGAUUCGGCAGCAUGACGGACGAUUCCACCAGUGUGCUGUUCCGCGAGACGCUUUCCGAUAGCGAGAACUUUGACUACCGCUUACUGGAUGAAGUACAGUUCGCUAAAUCGGUUGAUAAGAUCACUCUUCUGGAAAACCACGUAAUCGAUCAGUUCUACAUACGCAGACGUUCGUCAGGAUCGUUUCGAUCGAGCUUUCGCUCGAAACGGCAAAUUGAACGAACUCCAUCCGGGCGAUCGACAAAAUCGCAAAAUCUUCACGAAAUUGAUCCACCACCUGAGCAAUCACCACCACCCAACAGCACUUCUGCUACGACACCGCCUGACUCCUCUGCAGAUCGUCCACUUAACGACAUCACCUGCUCAAUAGAUAACUUGGCUCUGAAAUCUACAACGCCCGGCGAUCCCCCGAGUGACUCCGCAAAUCCAGUGCCUUGUUUGAAAGCGGAUACACAAGAAGGUGAAAGUGUUAGCCCACCUACGCAUCGAGUCGUACAUUUCAGCGAUGAAGAAGCAUCGGAUGUCGAAGUCUGA